AUGAGCUCCUGUCGACGACCGGAGCACACCGCUCCUCCAGAUGUGUUUUACAAUGCUGAGGAAGCAAAGAAGUACUCUCAGAACUCUCGUAUGAUCGAGAUUCAGACUCAGAUGUCGGAGAGAGCCGUGGAACUAUUGAACCUUCCGGAAGGGCAGCCGAGCUUCCUGCUGGAUGUGGGGUGCGGUUCGGGUCUCAGUGGUGACUACCUGACAGAGGAACGCCACUACUGGGUCGGUGUGGACAUCAGCACGGCAAUGCUGGAUGUGGCACUGGACCGAGAGGUGGAAGGAGAUCUUCUACUGGGAGACAUGGGCCAAGGGAUGCCGUUCCGUCCGGGAACUUUUGACGGCUGUGUUAGUAUCUCGGCUCUUCAGUGGCUUUGUAAUGCUGACAAGCGCACACACAGUCCCCCCAAAAGACUCUAUGCCUUCUUUAGUACUCUCUAUUCUUCUUUGUCUAGAGGUGCCCGGGCUGUUUUUCAGCUCUAUCCCGAGAACUCUGAGCAGCUGGAACUGAUCACGUCGCAGGCCAUGAGGGCAGGCUUCAGCGGAGGCAUGGUGGUGGACUACCCCAACAGUACCAAGGCGAAGAAGUUCUUCUUGUGUCUCUUUGCUGGCGUGACUGGCGUCUUGCCCAAGGGUUUGGGCUCCGAAACAUCGGACAAGAAUGUCUCCAACCAGGUCCACUAUUCAGGACAAAGAUGCCGCUUCAAAAGCAUGAAAGGAAAAUCUGUAAAGAAGGGAAGGGAUUGGAUUCUGGAAAAGAAGGAGAGGAGACGACGACAAGGACGCGAGGUCCGGGCAGACACGAAAUACACAGGACGACAGCGGAGGCCUCAUUUUUAG